AUGCAUCAUCUCUCCCGAGCAUUGAAGUUGGUAGGAGCCUCUAGUAGAAGCGUUGCUCGCUGCGGGGGGUCUGGCUUGAUAAGAUUGUCUGCCAGCCAACCGUCUGCAAAGCGUGCCGCCAGCCCCCAGCGAUAUGCCCCCAGCCAGCCCGUCAGCCAGACUGCCACCUCACCACCUCACCAGAUAGUGAGUGACUGGUUGCCACGUGCCAUUCUGUCCGCCUGCCAGCUCGCUCGCCCCAGUGGGUUGCUAAGCUCGGCAGCCACCACCCACCACCAGCAAGCGUCCCCAGCCAGCCAGCCCUCCACCUGCUAUCUGCCAUCUGCCACCGCUCUCCGAGGUCCCGGCCGCCAACCGCUGUUACCUAUUCGUUGGCCGCCUGCCGCCACCCGCGCUGUGGAUACUGUGUGUGAGGCACGAUGCCUGAGAGGGCUGAGGUCGUCGCCAUGCUUCUCCGCGUGCUGUGGCUCACCGUGUAAGCAGAACUCCCGCAAGGGCUCCGACCAGAGGGUCGCCGAGUUCCUGGGCUGUGACGGCGCCGUAGUGGUUGGCGUGGAGGUCGUCGGCAACCAGCUGGCGAUGUUGCUCCGGAAUGCGGGUGGCGAGUUCCGGGUUCUGCGGUGGAACCUGCGGCAGGGCGGGGCGCUCGACUGGUUCGAGUACGAUGACGGCCGUUUCGCCGAGUACCCUGCGAGCUCUGAGCGGCGCAACGCGGCUAACUUCGAGCUCGCCGGCCUCCACCUCCCCCCCGAGUGGAAGGGCAAGGACAUCCGGCUGGUCGAGGUCGAUUGCACGUCAACGCCUAACCAAGCGGAGUGGGAGCUGCGCGAAACCUUCCCAAACCUCGGCAACGUCCCCUUCUCCCCUGCCCCCGGCUGGUUCGCCCGCUACCGGGGAGUCCCCAACAUGCUGCUGGACCCGAACGGCUGGGUGGAGGCGGUCGUUGCCUGCGCGCUCGUCGUCGCCGCCCGCUACCCGGACCGCCCCGUCGUCGUCUGGAUCGGGCGCUCGACCGUGUGGGAGGCCACCGGCUUCAAGAGCAAGGGGGACCUGCUCAUCCGCAACUUCAUGGCGACAGGGCGCCCGCAGUGCCUGACCAUGGGGGAGCUGGUCGCCGACGGUCCGAUCGCCGUGAUGCACCUGUGCUGGAUCGCGUACCUUUUCCUGUACGAGGAGCUGGCGUAUGCCUACUGGUACGAUUUGACCAAGUUCAACGCCCCCAAGAUCAUGAACUAUGCCAUCAACGUCCUGCUGGUCUUCCAGAAGAAGGACUGCGUCCAGCUGUAUCAUCCUGGCAAGUAUCGGCACGACCAAUUCUGGGCGCCAAAGGCCGUGCUCGAGACGGCGGAGUGGAAGCACAUGGUGAAGCACUUUGGGUGGAGGGCCAAGCCCCCGUUGGGGGCCAACGCCAUCGACGGCUUCUGCGCCAAGGUCGGCGUGGGCCCCCUCGCUUGGCACCAGCACAUCGACGUGGUCAACAUUCCAAUGGCGAACCGUGCGCUGGACCUGCUCCGGGGCCUUCGCGGGGAGGGAGGGACGGUGAAGAAGCUGCCCAAGGUGGCGGACCGGCCGGCCAUCAUUGCUGAGCUCGGACGGGCGCGACGGGAGGAGGAGGCACGGCGGGAUGCGGCCGAGGCGACGGGGGAGUCUUCCGGGGACGAGACCGCCGACGGCCGCGCUGGGUCGGAGUCGGCCGCGGGCCCGAGCGGGAGCGGGCCGAGCGUGUCCGCGGCGGCGCCGGCGGCCGGGAAGCGCAAGAGGAGGCACAAGAACCGCAAGAACUAUGGCAACCGGCUAGAGAGGAUCCAUGCGUCGUACACGAACGGCACUUGGUGGCAGCGUGCGCUCGACAUAAUGAGCGCGCUAGACAGGGACGGGUUGGGUGGGAUGUUGCCGGAUAAGAAGUUCGAGCUAGCGUUGUCGCACAUGCAGAAGAGUUGAAUAACACAUUGAAUUGCAACAUCCUGUUAUAUCGUGAUUGUUUCAAUUCAAGCCCUCGGGCGCGGUACUCUAACUUCGACGGCAGGGGUGUACCCGGCAGUUGGUUAGACUCCAAAGCAUGCGGCGCGAGCUGUAACGUGGCCCAUUGCAUUCGAAAGUUCGUUGAUUCGAGAUAAUUGUUUGAGGCUUGCUUCUCUUGAUCAAAUUGCCGUUGAAGCCUUCGGGCGCGGUGCUCCGAGUUUGACGGCAGGGGUGUACCCGGCAGUUGCUCGGCCAUCAACGAAAGCAGCGGAAGCUGUCUUGGCAUUGAUCUUUGAGCGGCAAACGUAGCGCUACCUAAGUGUUUCAUUGUGAUCAAAUAGCAAAGGUAUAGAGCUCGUUGAACAUACACUCAUUGAGCGCUUGCAAAGCAUCACAUUACGCAAAAACGGCCUAGUUUUUCAAUGUACAAUCGCACACAUAUGUUCCCAAUGUUAGCGACUUUUGUCUAGGCGCUCUAAUAAUCGUUCAGUUUCA